UUAUGCGCUGUCGCAGUCGGAAUAGGCCAAAUCAAACCGAAAGAGAAAGAAAAGAACAAGUAUGAACAUUGCUACUAUAUCGUGUACAUACAUAGUAUCUAAUUAGUACUAAGUACGACUCGAAUAAUUGUUUGAAACACUAUCGUUGAACGAAUGUAUUUAUAAACUCUGUAGGUAUGUAUAGUUGAAAGAAAAAUAGGAGAAAGGCAAAAAAGAAAAAAAAUAAAAAGGAAAAAAAGAAAAAAGGAAAAACAGAAGAAAAAACAGAAAAAGACAGUUUACCGAGAUUGCACGAGUCGCGCGUAACGAAUUCGCGGCUACGAGUCAUUCGUCCAGUCUAGAUUCCGAAUCGAUUCCUCCGUACGUCUAACACGUUCGUGUCGCUAACGGUGUUCAGCUGUCGAAUUAUGGGCUCGAUCGUCCUAAAGUCUCUCUCAGUUCUUCUUGGGAUAUUCUUCGUUUUCGUCGGUACUAUGAAGCUGACUUCUCAUAUUAGUAAGGAUCUUCAUAAGGACUUGAGGAAAGAAUAUGUGAAAUACGCAAAGGUAUUUCCACUGUCCGGUACACUGGACUUUAAAGUACCAAGUAAAUGGUACAGAAGAGUUGUCGGAUCGCUUGAAAUUAUUUGCGGACUCGCAAUGGCUAUAGUUCCAAGUCACAAAAUAAAAAAUGCAUCGAACGCGAUAUUACUGUUAUUGAUGUUAAUGGCUGUGUACUCUCACUACAUGGUGAAUGACAAGUUUGAAAGGAUUGCACCAGCACUGGUAUUUUUUUUCAUGCUAACAGGCCGACUAGUAAUAGAUUGGCAACUUAGACGAGAGGACACGCAACCGGUAACGGCGAAUGGUGUAGAUGAUAAAAGUAAAAAACAAGAUUGAAUUCGAGAUUCUUAUAUGUAUUCGCACGAUUAAGACUUUGGUUAUCAAGUCAGUUAUCGCCUACGUACCACGUAAUAAUCACGAUGAAAUAAUUUUCCAUACACGCAGCAAAGAAGUAUUUCGUUCGAUCUUUAAUUCCUUAUGCUCCGCGAUAUUAAUUUUGUGUGUAUGGUUUCUUACGUCUCAUAUCAAAUGCUCUCUUUCAAAGUUAUGCUUCAAUCCUAUUACGUUUCAUCACGAGCUACUUUUUCGUGCUGACAGCACUCGAAUUUGUUCAAAGCAUUCUAAAUCUCGAGUACCUCGAGAGCUAUAAAUUUCUAUCAUUAUUAGUCAACAUUAUAAGAAUUUAAUUAACGGCAAAGAAUCAUGAAAUACUAGCUCAAGCACAAGGUAUUAACUGCCAAUUGAAUCAAUGUGUUCUCCUUGAUAUCGUAUUAAGAUGUAAAUGCCCUUAGACGAUAACUAAAAGAAUAUCGUUGCAGUGUAAUGCACAUGCGUGUUUUCUUCGCAUCCAUACUUUUACUAUUUUUUUUAAAGAAAAAAAACAUGUAUUUUCACAAGAGCGACUAAAAAUGUACAAAUUAAAAAUUACUCGUACAAACAGUUUAAGCAAUACGAACGCACUUCCUAUUAUCAGCGAUUAAAACUAAACCACUAUCGUAAGAUGUAUAAUUCUUUAUUUAAAGAUGGUUUGCUGAUAUCUCUUUUUUUUAUAAGAAAAAAUGUAUUUGUUUUUUAAAAUAUUAAAUUUACAAUCGACAGAGAUAAUUGAAUUAAAUAAAGAUACCUACGAGGUAAUAUGAAAAUUAAAAUAGCGAAGAAACACGUGGUAAAGCACACUCACUUGUAUGUACAAUAAUACUUUUAUUACAAAGUAUUAAAGUAUUAAUUACGUGAAAUGG